UCUCUCUCUCUCUCUCUCUCUCUCUCUCUUGCUCUCUCACACACACACACACACACACAUUCCUCCCCAGUCACUCUGAGGGGCAGGCACAGAGCGUGCUCUAAGCCUUCAGCAAAGAAUCUUACGCAGUCGCUUCGGUCACAGACAGAACAGACAGAGGCGGCACCAAAGGAAAGGGAGAGAGAGAGAGAAAGAGUGAGUGGGAGAGAGAGAAAGAGAGAAAGAGAGAGAGAGAGAGAGUGAGGGGAAGAGAAAGGGCGAGGGAGCACCAGAGGAGGUCUGACGACACAGUCUUCACUCUCUCCCUCUUUCUCUGUGUGCUGCACCUUCAUGCGAGCCUUGUUUUAGCACCCUCAGCUGCACAGUUGCGUCCACAUAAAAGCUGUCACUGCGCAACACGUGCACAGAGGUCACGUCUUCAAGAGGUCACUAGUGACUUGUUGCUUCAAGAGGACAAACUGGACAGCCACGAUACUACACCUCAGGAGUUUGGGAAGUGUAGGACUAGACCAGCAAUGUUCUCAACAAGUUCUUUCCCAUGGAUGUCCUAUAUGGACAUACCCACCUCAAGCCCCAAGCCAAAGGACUUGAUUAGAAACUUCUAAUAUCCCCUGAUUCUGGACUUUUUAUAACCUUCAACAAGCAGAAGCUUAGACCAAAGAAGCCAUCAGAGAUAUCUGCAUCACUGCAUCACUGAUCUGGACAACCAUAUGGUCUUACCCACCUGGACCCACUCUCUCUUAGAGGUUUCAAGGAUCCCUUGAUUCUGGACUAUUCAAGAUCUUUAUGAAGCAGACGACACCUGUUGGCCAAAGAAGCCAUCAAAGAAAUUGAUGCUUGACAACCUGUAUAGUGAAACCCACCUGGACAGCUGUGCAGCUGGAGUCUAACAGCUUCUAAGGACUCCUAGGACAACCCAAGAAGACCUACCAAAAACCUGCGAUCAAAGAAGCAGGUUUUUCCUCACUUUUUUGGAGUCCGAAGCUCUACAUCUCUGACCUGUAUCACUGACCUGUAUCCCUGACCGUUUGCUUGUUCCCCUGACCGCUGACUGCCAUGCUCUGGUGGAGGCUCGCCUGCCGUGCUGCGUGUUUGGCUGCUCUGCUGGUGGUGGCCGGUUGUGAGCAGAAGAAGGAAACGGACGAAGGAUCAAGGGGCGCCUCGGGGAAGGCCAGCGGCACAGGCGGCACAGGCAAUGGCAGCAGCGGUGGCAGCUCCAGCAACCGCAGGUACCACCGCCUCCAGCAUGGCCAGUGCACCUACACCUUCAUCCUCCCGGAAGGUGAUGGAAACGGUGGAACGUCUUGCCGGGAGACGAAAGCAGGUACCCAGUACAAUGCCAAUGCUCUGCAGAGAGAUGCCCCUCCACCUGAGCCGGACUUCCCCAGCCAGAAGAUCCAGCAGCUGGAGCACAUCAUGGAGAACUACACGCAGUGGCUGCAGAAGAUUGAGAACUACAUCAAGGAGAGCAUGAAAGCAGAGAUGGCCCAGUUACAGCAGAGCGCAGUCCACAAUCACACGGCAGCCAUGUUGGAAAUGGGCACCAAUCUUCUUUCCCAGACGGCCGAACAGACCCGCAAGCUGACGGAUGUCGAGACUCAGGUCUUAAAUCAGACGUCCAGGCUGGAGAUUCAGCUGCUGGAGAAUUCGCUGUCCACCAACAAGCUGGAGAAGCAGCUCAUAGUGCAGACCAAUGAGAUCAGCAAACUGCACGACAAGAAUGGGUUUCUGGAGGUGAAGAUGCAGGAGAUGGAGGCAAGGCACCAGGAGGAGCUGGAGGUGUUGAGGGAGGAGAAGAGCAGUCUGCAGGCUCUGGUAGCCAGACAGAGCGGUGUGAUACUCGAGCUGGAAAGCCAGCUGGGCAGAGCCACGGGGAACAGCACGGCGCUGCAGAGACAGCAGCAGGAUCUCAUGGACACCGUACACAGCCUCCUCAGCCUCUGCUCCAAAGAUGGAGUGGUGCCCAACAGCACAAAGCAAGCUGAUGAGGAGAAGAAAUUCCGGGACUGUGCUGAUCUGUACGAGUCCGGCAUCCGCAAAAAUGGAGUCUACACCAUCAACAUCAGCCCUCAGGAGACAAAAAAGGUAUACUGCAACAUGGAGUCUGCUGGAGGAGGAUGGACUGUAAUCCAGCAUCGAGAGGAUGGCAGCGUCGACUUCCAGAAAACAUGGAAAGAAUACAAAAUGGGCUUUGGGAGCGUGUCGGCUGAGCACUGGCUGGGGAACGAGUUUGUGUACAUGCUGACCAGUCAGAGGCAGUACAUCCUGCGUGUGGAGCUGACCGACUGGGAUGGACAUCAGGCCUUCUCCCAGUAUGACCGCUUCGCCAUCGGCAGUGAGAAAAACAACUACAGGCUGUCCUUAAAGAGCCAUAGUGGGACAGCAGGCAGGCAGAGCAGUCUGGUGAUUCAUGGAGCCGACUUUAGCACCAAAGACGUGGACAACGACAACUGCAACUGCAAGUGUGCACUGAUGCUGACUGGAGGCUGGUGGUUUGACGCCUGCGGCCCAUCCAACCUUAAUGGCAUGUACUACACCCAAGGGCAACAUGUUGGCAAGCUCAACGGCAUCAAGUGGCAUUACUUCAAAGGCCCGAGUUACUCUCUCCGAGCAACCUCCAUGAUGAUCCGACCUCUGGACUUCUCAUAGAGGCGGAUUUUGAAAAGUUUGGGGCUACAACAUUAUCGAAUGACUGCUUUUUCAGUGGCCUGGUUAGCUACAUGCACGAAACUUGGAUUGUGCCCCCCCCCCCCCCCCCUCAAAUUCCAUGAGUAACCCCCCUCUCAUGGAAAUAGGGAUUGAGCUAGGUGAGCUAUUAAUAUCCCGCAGUGGAGCGUUAGCUCUCUGGGAAUUUGGGUGAGCACUCUCGGCUGGUUUGUAUUUUUAUAUAUCAGUGAUAUGAACUCAAGUGGCAUUGGUGGGUCAUUUGCACCCCUGUGAACUGCUGAGGCAGGCACAUCCCCUUUGAAGGGAGAGAGCUGCCCAUCUGUAAAGCCCCCCUCUGGCUUAUUUGGCUCACUCUCCCUGUGAACUCUCAGCAGCUGGAAUGUCUUCUGAAAACCAAAAGUGAGCCAUUAACAUAUCUUUAUAAACUCUUUAUAAACUACGUUGCACAAUUACUUUUGGGACAUGAAUGCCUUAUUUUCUAUUGUUACGCUUUUUAUACCUACACAACCUUAUUUUGUACAUACUUCUCAUGAAAGCUCAGAAAUGGCAACCGAGGUAUAAUGUGAAGGAGAAGUUUGACUCACAAAGAAUCCAGAAAUUAAGAUCCACCUGAUGGUUCUGUUUGCCAGGUGGUGUUUGUUACAGUGUUUAAAUUGCUGCAUUAUUAUUGUUGGCUUUGAAUUUUAGUGACCUUCAGCUGCGUUAAUGUUCACCAUUACAAUGUGAAUACACACUCUCAACAAUAAAUGUGCUUCAGAUAAUUGUUUGAGUUAUGCAACAUGCCAAAUAGAACCAUGUCAUUUGUAGGCAUGUGUGAGUGUGAAAUGCCAAAACUCAUGGGACAGGAACUAGUGUCAUGCCCCAUGACUUCUACACUGACCUGUGGGAUGUGUGUGGGGUCUCCUCCAUUGAAUGUGGAUGCAUACGGACAGUUCCAGACAGACAGUGCCAGUCACGAUCAUAACCACCCACUGCACUGUCCACUGUGAGUAGUAAUGUUUUCCUGGUGCACACUGUGGAUCAAGGAAUGUAUGUAAAAUGCUGGCACAAUUUUGAAAAUAGAAUAUCUUAACUCACUUAAGUCACAUGAGCACGCUGGCCAGUGUUCAACCUCACUCACUGCAUAACACUCAACUUUUACAGGUGAGGGUGUUCCUAGGCCACACCCUAAGGCAAUACAUUAUGAUCAAUUCACAUACUGCUAUCCCAUGACUUUUGGCAUGUCAAUGUAAAGGUUCUUUACCUUGAACAUGUAAAGUGUAGUGUAGUCCAAAUUCAUUGUUGACUUGUUGCUGACUCCAUGAACAACCCCAAAUCGGAGAAGACAAAAAACAAACAAACAAAAAAAGAGCACAGCGUUUGUUAGGUUUGUUACGUUUAGUUUGACUUGAUUGCAGACAGUUUAAAUCCAAAAUAGUUCAGGUUUUUCUACUCAAUUUCUCAACUUCAUUUAAUUUAAUACUUUCAUUCCUGCGUUUUAGGCCUGCCAACACAUUACAAAUAGGUUAAGACACUAAAGCAUUUACCACUUUAUAAUGUUGCCAAGUGAUUCCAAUUGAGGUGUUUCAUGUGUUAUUUUGUCCAAUCUUUCCUGCAAACACAUUUCCUUUUGGGUUAGAGCAGUCCAGUACCCCUACUCUUUUCCUUCUGCUAUAUUGCUGUUGUAAUGUGUGCAGCAUGUGGUUUUGCAUAUGCCUUCUUGAAGGCAGCAUACGUUGCACAACCUCAUAUCAUGAUUAUACCCUGACUCUUGCUGACCUCAUUACUAGUCCUAAAUGUCUUCGGUCACAACUUUGUUUGGAAUGUGUCGCAGGCCUGAAACACAGGAAUAAAUGCAACAAAUUAACUAAAGUUAAGCAGACAAAACAUGAACAAUCUUGGUUAUAUACUGUGUGCAGUGAAAUAAAAGUCAAAGUUGCAUUUUUCAUACUGUCCCAACUUCUUCUGAUUGGGGGUUGUAGAAACAAUCAAUUUGUCAGAAAUCAUUUGUAAUAUUUUCAGUCUUCCAGAUGUUGAUUCUUCUGCACUGCACAGGUUAGGUAAUGAUUUUUUUUGCAGGAAUACACUUUAAUCAGGUGUGUCAGAGCAGGGAAAGCUGAAACUGUGGAAUGCAGGACUUGGAACUGAGAAUCAUUGCUCUGAUGCUGAAAGUGACUGCAUAUUAUUGAAACUGCUCUAACUUUAAUAAGAAUAAGUAGGACUGAUGGUACUGUACAUUACACUUUUAUAUACUCUACAGAUGUGUUUUUGUGUUAAAUUGAUUUUUUUUGUUUGUUUUUACUUUGCAAUUGUACAUAAUUGCUGCUUAAAUAAGGAUUUGGUGCGAAUGUUGUGUUAGUAUGCAAGAAAGAUUAUUUUAUCUCUUUGUAUGCCUCUACAGUCUAUUUUGGGAACUUGGCAGGACUGUGGUGAGAGUGUAUUUUUAACACACACACAUACUCUGAUCUGAAGUCCACACAUUCAUUUCUCCGGAGGAGGAGAUUCCAGUAUGUUUUUCUUUCAUCAGCGAAGUUUGAAAACACGUUUAUAAUAAGUCCCAGCUGAAGGUUAGUAAAAUUAACGGCUCAUUUUAGUGCACUGUAUUAUUGUCCUAUUGCAUAAGUAUCAGCGUGAAACACCUACACGCAUCUGUUAUGAAAAACAGGUCAUUUGUAUACAAAAAAAAUCCAUGCAACAUCUGGAGCAUAUUAAACAACAGCAUGAUGUUUAUUAGUGUACGUAAAAUAUCGUACUUUGUGUUCGCGUACAACUGCUUGAGGAAAGGUGUUUUUUUUAUUCUCUUGGAGCCAUAGGAUACACUCUGCUCUACAGAGCUUUAUAAAAUAAUAUGAAUACUAUCACAGAUUGCCUUCAGAGAAUCUACUAUUACCUCGUAAAAACUGUACAUUUGCCAUUUUAUUUAAACGUUCUAUGUAACAUUAAAAAUUUUGUGAUGUCUAAAUAAAACAAUGCAUGUGAUGCACUGAA